AUGUUACAAGAUCGUGGAGACGGUCUUAGUAGCUCAGAGGAGCGACACCAUAUCCUAGCACAGGACGAGCAACUCACCGAAGAAACCUCAUUGCUCCCGCAGCGCGCCCAACAAGCCCGAACAUCAGCUGGGAACCUGAUUCGGAGGUCGACGCACUGGCUGGGCUCAUUAUUCCCGCACCGAGUCAAGCAAGAACUACUCGCACCCUUCGAGUAUCCAUUAGCAGACGUGGCAAUAAUCUGCAUGAUUGUCGGUACGGUGCUGGGUCUAGUCCCCGCGUUGCACCGGGCAUUCUUCAAUGAUGAAGAUGAUGGCGGGAUAUUCACCGCGUGGCUGACUGCAAGUGUGAGCAACAUCGGCGGGCUGUUUACAACGCUGCAAAUCUUCAUGGUUGGGUGUAGGCUUGGGGUCACGUUCGAGCGGACGGUUGCAGAAGGGAAUUCGGCCCGUAUCCCCAUCAAGGCUAUCACCACUAUCUUUGUUGUUCGUUUGGUGAUCUGGCCGGCACUAAGUAUUUCACUGAUUUAUGGACUUGCUAAGAGGACUCGUCUCCUUGGUGAUGAUCCAAUGCUCUGGUUUAGUAUGAUGCUGAUGCCUGCUGGUCCCCCGGCGCUGGUGAUUUCGGGGUUGGUGGAAUUGGCGCAGGCGUCUGAGAUGGAAAAGAUGGUUAUUGCGAAAACGUUGACGAUCAUGUAUGCGUUGUCGCCAUUUAUAUGUUUUAGUAUUACGGGAGCGCUUAAAGCUUCCGAGGCAGUGUUGAAAGAGAAACGAUGA